CUUUCGACCCAGUCUUGCUAUCUACGGACCUUCAGACCCCUCAUCACAAUUCUUGUCGCCUCCAUAAGAUCCUUCGCCUCGAAUCUGUGAUCAAAUCCGGUACGAACCUUUUGCCAGGGCGAAUCAGGCCAGUUACUAGUCGGAAUCUGCACCUACAGAUCGAUCACUCCUGCGAAAGUCACGAGGCACAGAGCCGACUUAUCGGAAGCUCGAUUCCCUUUGGUCCAAGCUGCCUACCUCAUCACAAUAAGGACUACCUUCCAGCCGACGUCCGCCGACUACAGCCAGAGAUAUGAGCGGCGACAAACCCCAUCUCAACGGCACCGGAAAUGGUCUGAACGGCGCUGGUGAUCACGAAAUGAAGGAACAAUCACAAACCCCUAAAAAGGGAUCGAAACAAAACAAGGACAAGGAUGGCGAUGAUGAAAUGACCGUGGUGGUUCCGCCGUCCAAAGGGUCAACUCCGACUGCUCCUGACAAAAAGACCGAAGCCGACGUGAUGAAUGGAGCAAUGACUGAGGAUUCUGCAAAAGAGACCGAACCACCGGUUGAUCCUCAAGAGAAGGCCAUUGCAGAAAUCAAAGCCAAUCUCCCGUUACUGGAAAGAGCCGUCAGCCAAUUUGAUCCACGAUUCAGCCUGAGAGUCCUCAGAUCGAUACCAUCCGUCCGAAAACACCUAUCCGCAUAUGUUAUCGCUACGGUUGUCACCGAGAGCUACCCAGUCCCCACCGCGACGGCAAUAUCUCUUUUAAGUGCUGUCAAAGAUGACCAAUCCUUUCCCAAACAAAAGGUGGAAGAGUGGCAUAAUAGGAAAGACGCGUCGCACCACCGAGCCUCUACAAAAGAGAUUCUCCCGGAAAUUGAUGUCUACCUAUCGAUCCUGGUUCAGGUCUACCUUCACGAUAAGAAGUCGAUUGAUGCUGGUUCUCAAUUUUCGAGUGCUCUUGUCGACCACCUACGGACGCUGAACCGAAGAACCCUGGAUUCGCUAGCAGCUCGUGUGUAUUUCUACUAUGCUCUGUUCUUCGAGGAAAUGACGCCGUUGCCUCCUUCUCCUGCGGCGGCCGUGAUCUCGAUCCGCAAACCUCUCCUCGACGCUCUCAGAACAGCUACACUGCGAAAAGACCAAGACACCCAGGCAGCCGUUACAACGUUGCUUCUCCGAAACUACCUAUCUACCUCUCAUGUCACACAAGCAGACCUGUUGAUCUCACACACGAAGUUUCCCGAUACAGCAGUCAACAACCAGUUCGCCCGAUACUUGUAUUAUCUUGGCCGGAUUCGAGCCAUCCAACUCUCUUACACAGAGGCACAUGAGCAUCUGACAGGAGCCACACGGAAGUCACCGACAUCUUACAAAGCCAGCGGAUUCUACCAGGCGUCAACUAAGCUGCUAAUUGUGGUUGAAUUGUUGAUGGGCGAUAUUCCGGACCGAGCAAUCUUCCGUCAGCCGAGUCUUGAAAAGGCUUUGCAACCAUAUUUGCAGCUUGUUCAAGCUGUCAGCUCUGGCGAUGUGAUUGGCUUCCAGGACUUGGUUCAACGGUACAAUGCCACCUUCAGAAAGGACGACACAUACACUCUGAUUCUGAGACUGAGACAAAACGUCAUCAGAACAGGCAUUCGUAUGAUGUCUCUGUCAUAUGCCCGGAUCUCAUUGCGUGAUAUGUGUCUACGCUUGGGGCUGGACAGCGAAGAAUCUGCCGAGUAUAUUGUUGCCAAAGCCAUCCGAGAUGGGGUUAUCGAGGCUAGUCUUGACCAUGAGCGUGGCUAUAUGAAGAGCAAGGAAGUUGGCGAUGUCUACGCCACAAGAGAACCCGGAGAUGCCUUCCAUGAACGCAUUCAAGCCUGUCUGGCUCUGCACGAUGAGAGCGUCAAGGCCAUGCGUUUUCCCAUGAACCAGCACCGUCUGGAACUCAAGAAUGCUCAAGAAGCACGCGAUCGUGAGCGAGAGCUGGCCAAGGAAAUUGUGGAAGGUGAAAUGGAUGACGAUGAUGCUCCGGGUGGCGAUUUUGAGGGAUUGUGAUUCCGGAUGCCACCAUCUCCUACUGUUUUCAAGGGCAGUAUAGAUCUAGGGGUGGCCUAAGGCGAUCUGGAUUGAUACUACGAAUGCAAGACCUCGUCUAGCAGUCGAACCUCGUGCGUUGGGGAACAGGGCGGAUACUCGGAGUUCAGGGCCUUCAUGGACCAAUUGAAUCUGGUCCGUCUGAUGACUAGACAGUGGUGUCAUCACAGUGACUGGCAUGAUCAGAGCAAUGCCAAUGUAAUUGAUCCUACAUAAGA